GAAGAAGAAGAAGAAGGGAAACCCCCAAAAGAAGAAGAAGACUCGCUAGCUUGGCUGAGCUCAGCAGGCUGAGUUGUUAGCAAGUGUGUAAAGAUGUUCCUGUAGUGCACAGUCUCCAAUGGAAGGCGUUAUUGUCACUAUUGGGCGUAUGCGUGCAUAAUACGGACAUGUGGACAGUUAUUUUCCUGAUCGGAUGUCACUUCUAAAGGUACUGGCCUCUUUCCUUCCUUGAAGCAGAGAAAAUAAUUAAGAGAUGGAAAAGAUGACUACGCUCCACUUUUCGUCGCCCGCUACUUUAAAACUCUCAGAGAGCGGCUGAAAGGAAAGAGAAAGCGGUCCCCUGGAAUACAAUCAAGAGGGCGAGGCCAAGGGAAAACAUCGGAAGCUGUCGGCAUCUCUACGAAGCAGAGGAAUGGCUUUCUUGGACAACCCGGCCAUCAUUCUGGCUCACAUCCGACAGUCUCAUGUGACAAGUGAUGACACAGGAAUGUGUGAGAUGGUGCUCAUAGACCAGGAUGUAGACCUGGAGAAGUGCCAGCCGGCUCUGGUGCCUGGCAGCAGCUGUGGGUCAACAGGGUCGGACUCCCUGAUGGAGGGGGACGGCAGCGUGACCGACAAUCAUGCCUGCGACCUCUCCCAGUCCCUGGACAUCACCUCCAGCUGGGACUUCGGCGUGCGCCGGCGCUCCAACACAGCUCAAAGACUGGAAAGGUUACGGAAAGAACGGCAGAACCAAAUCAAAUGUAAAAACGUUCAGUGGAAAGAGAGGUCAAACUCUCAAUCAGCGGAGGAUCUGGGCUCCCUGUUUGAAAAGCGGGACUUUAAGGACCGGCCAAAGACUGCGGGCACCAAAUCCACGCUUUCACUGCGGCUGGAGCAGUGCCCCCAGCAGCUCAACAACCCCUUCAACGAAUACUCCAAGUUUGACGGAAAGGGCCACAUUGGCACAACGGCUACAAAAAAGAUAGAGGUCUACCUGUCGAUGCAGCUGGCUCAGGAGAAGGUGCACCCGAUGACGGUGGUGACCAUCGCCAACGCACGCGUCCACGACCUCAUCGGCCUCAUCUGCUGGCAGUACACGAGCGAGUGCCGAGAGCCCAAACUCAAUGACAACGUGAACGCCUACUGUCUCCACAUUGCGGAGGACGACGGGGAGGUGGACACGGACUUCCCCCCGCUGGACUCCAAUGAGCCCAUCCACAAGUUUGGUUUCAGCACCUUGGCGCUGGUGGAGAAAUACUCCUCACCCGGCCUCGCUUCUAGACAGUCUCUGUUUGUCCGAAUAAAUGCUGCUCAUGGUUUCUCUUUAAUCCCCGUGGACAGCCUGAAGGUUACCAUGAAGGAAAUUCUGCAGAAAGCUCUGAAGAAGAGGAAAGGCUCCCAGAAAGGCUCAGGGCCCAUGUAUCGCCUGGAGAAGCAGUCGGAGCCAAACGUCUCAGUGGACCUGGACUCGACACUGGAGAGCCAGAGCACCCUGGAGUUCUGCCUGGUCCGAGAAAACAGCUCCAGGGGCGAGGAGAGCUCCGAGGAAGACCCCCCCAUCGAUAUCACCACGGUGCAGGACAUGCUGAGCAGCCACCACUACAAGUCCUUCAAGAUCAGCAUGAUCCACAAGCUGCGCUUCACCACGGAUGUCCAGCUAGGCGUUUCAGGAGAGAAGCUGGAGAUCGAUCCCGUCACCAAUCAGAAGGCCAGCACCAAGUUCUGGAUUCGACAGAAGCCCAUCUCCAUCGACUCGGACCACCUGUGUGCCUGCGACCUCGUAGAGGAGCGAAGCCCCAGCCAUGCAAUAUUUAAGCUCACUUAUCUCAGCAACCACGACUACAAGCCGCUCUACUUCGAGUCUGAUGCUGCUACUGUCAAUGAAAUCGUGCUGAAGGUGAACUACAUCCUGGAGUCCCGAGCCAGCACCUCUCGGGCCGACUACUUUGCCCAGAAGCAGCGGAAGCUGAGCCGGCGGACCAGCUUCAGCUUCCAGAAGGAGAAGAAGACUGGCCAGUAGACGGACUGAAGCUGCUCAGAGCACAGAGUCAGGCUGGUUGACGGGGCCCGGCGGCCCCCCACCCGAACGGCAGCGGGCUGAACCCAAGCAGAGACUGACAGGAGAGUGGAGUCUGCUGGAGCACGGCGCCGCUGAAAGCCCCUUAAAGCUCCGUGGUGCAUCGAGAGGCCGCGACCAAAACACUUGUCUGCGCGUACGUGGGGCUGCGGCUCUCGUUCAUUCACUGCCUCUGAAUACGAUCUCGUCCUCCAGGACGGAUGUGUACAAUUCAACGAAGAAAGCCCCGCGCUAAAUCUUUGCUUCUGUUUUCUGUCUUCAAUAGCCUGGAAAGACAACUCUGUGCUUUUUCAUGUACUGUACAUAGAAAAAUUCACAUUCAAGAGAAUGAAAUAAUGAUUUAUCAGAAAUACAAUAGUCUGGAUUAUUGCAAGCAGGUCGAUACCCUUCUGCCUUGAAUCCUCCAAAGGGCUAGCAUUGCAUUGCCUCUUAACGGCUCUCAACAUGGCGACGGUUGAGCAGCUAACGGUGCUAACGGUGCAGACCACGGUACAGGUGUCGAUCCAACAGGUACGGAGCGACUUCCCACGCUGUACAUUCACAUACGUCAUCAUUGUUUGCUGCUUCAAUAAUGCUUUGAAUAUCCAACUUAUCAUUGUUGACAUUGUCUGCGCCCAGUUCAUCUUUUCCAACGCCUCCCAGUACAAUUACUGGGAGGCGUUUUUCCCUCGACCAUAGGUCUGGGAUGGACAAAUGAAUAGAAACACUUUUCCCUCUAUUACAAUACAUUCUUUAUUAAAUCAAUGUGUGCUUCAGCAGCUGAGGGAGGCGGUGAGUGCAUACGUAACGCCUGAAAGGUGCCGCGUGGCGUUUAAAAAGUCAAAUGUACGCAGUCAGCAGCGCCCACAGCGACCAAAUACUGCUCCCGUGUUUCCCCUCCCAGCCAGUUAGGUGUCCGGCGUCUUGAGUUCAUCCAGGACUGAACUGCUCACACUCAGGGAUCGCGUGAAGGAUGCUUGUGUUGUUGGUGUUCCCGUGCCGAUGCGUCUGCGGGACGAAUGGGGACAGGGCGCACAUCCGCACAUGGAGCUGCGGGGGGCCGGUGGUCGGCCUCACAUGUGCGCUACGUCUACUCAAACCGCUUGUUUUCACACUGACAGGCUCAGAUUGUUUAUUAAAAGUGACUGACGGCGUCAUGGAACGAGGCCUACAGAGAAAUAAAACCCUUGUCUCUACCUUC